CUACUUGUUCCUCUAAUUUUGGAGCCCGAGUCUCUUUAUUGUAUUUUUGAUUUCGAUCUAUUUUUUAUUGUUUUAGCAAUUCCCCUUUUUUAUCCAACAUGCAUUAAUCAUACUUUACCGGACAAUUUAUCGUCAAAAAUCAAAUUCUCUUCUAAUUUAAAUGGUUCGAAACUGAAAUAAUCUGAAACUGGAGCAAGUUAAUUUUGCAUCUUUGAUGAUAUUUGCUCAAACAUUUCUCCUCUUUACUAUCAAACUUUUAUAAAUUACCUUCAGCUAUGUUCUCACUACACUGCCUACUAAUUCUACUCCUGACUGUUCUAGUGGAAACACACUUUACUAAAUGUGAUUGUAAACCUUGUAAUUGUAAAGACUUUGGGACACUCCUCUGGGUUGACUGCUCAUUCAGAAACUUAUCUCAGAUACCAGAGAAUUUACCAAAGAAUGUUACCCACUUAGAUCUGUCAAAUAACAGACUCUCAGAUUCUAUAGCAUAUCUCAACGGAGACUUGAGAGAUCUUAUGGAACUUAAUCUAAAUAAUAACGAUAUCUACAUGCUUUGGGGACCACACUUCCAUGCUCCCCGAUUAAAGAAGCUGCAUCUCCAUGGGAACCAACUGGGCUACCUUCCCGGAUCCACCUUCAGGGGUAUGGAGAAGCUAGAGGAACUAACACUACAGCAUAACUCCCGGUUGUAUCUAGAUUUUGGUAUAUUCGACACGUUAACUUCUCUUAAGACUCUCGAUCUCUCAGACACGGGUAUCUCUCUUGAAGAAGAGGAACAUCAGAACCUCUUUCUUAAUCUGGUAGAACUAAGAACACUGCAUCUAGACGAGAACAGAUUAGAACUGUGGAGUUUCCGUGGUGAUGAGAUGGUGAACUGUAAACAUUUAGAGAUAUUCACCGCUAGAAACAGUCGGAUUAGUGCGCUGCCAGAGAAGGGACUGUUUAGGAAGAACCACAAAUUACGAAUAGUUGACCUUUCCGGAAACAAUUUGAUGAACAUGAGAACGACAGAGUUUGGAUACUCCUGGCAGCUAGAAUCCCUGAACAUCAGCAACAACAAUAUCCUCUCCUUCUACCCAGAAUAUCAGAGUUUUAUGCUGAGAGCCCCCCAGAGACUUAAAUUACUGGACCUCAGUCACAACGAGUUUCAGACAUUACCUCUGGACCUGUUGACACAGAUAUCUGGAAGAAGAACUUCAGUGGGGAUCUACAAGAACGAUAACCUAUAUUGCUCUCCUGUCUUUCUCUUCAGACUCACUGACUACCUCGCAUCCACCAGGAACAACUUGCUGAGUCCGAAUAUGAUAAAGUGUGGACACCCAGAACGUUUAAAAGGACAAGUAAUCGGCGACUUCUCAUGUCCUGAAGGAGCCGUGUUCAACAUCUGUUCUAAUCCGGUAGAGCCGACUUGUGGGGAUCCUAAAAAACAAUACCAAUCUGACUCAGACUGUGUUCCUAGAUGUGAGUGUCCUAGUGAUAGACCUGUAAAUACAGACGGAGUAUGUCAUCUUCUUGAGGAAUGCGGGGAGUGUUAUAAGGAAAGAAACACGUAUGCCUUGAAGCAGAGGAGUAACAUGCCUAGUUGUGAUGAUCGGGGGAACUACAAGCCUCUCCAGUGUCGGACAGAUGGCAAAUGUUGGUGCACUGACCCACAGGGAGACAAGAAAUGCCCAAUGUUCUUCAGAAAAGAUGUCGGUGAAAAUGUUUGUGAAAAUGGGGUAGACCCUCUUUUAGAGCUCCUCCCUGACCAAUACCCGCCAGAAGCUAACUGUGAAAUGAAGUCAGCUGCAAUCAAAAGUAGUCCUUAUAAAACAUGUGCUGUUUGGGGAAAUGGGAGAAUAAAACAAUACGACGAUACAGUUUUUCAGGUGUCGGCGGAUUGUUACUACGAUCUAAUAAGUGAUUACUCCAGGAAGCCUCAAUACCAUCUUUAUGUCAGAUUUACCAAGUGCGAGGGAAGACCGUUCUGCAUUACAAUGUUACAGCUAUACAUUGACAGAGUGCAUCUUGUCAGGAUAUCUCUAGAGUUCGACAUUUUCUACGGAAAUAAAAUAGUCUCCUUACCGGUAAACUCGGAAAUCAGCCUGUUUGGAGACAAAGUAAAAGUUGCGAGGAAGGAUAAAACCCUGACGUUACUUUUGGAGGAUUUGCAGAUAAUGUACUCUAACCAGAACUACCUAGUUGUCAGGACAAACGCGCAUGAACUGUCUAACAUUAAUGGAGCAUGCGGGGCGAUCUCUCAGAACAGUCAGAAUGAUGUUUUUAUCGGACAUCAACUAUUUAGCCAACGGAAGUUGAUCCAGAGCUGUGUUGACUCUAAAGAGCUAGUGCAGACAGAGCCGAGCAAGGAGAUCAGAACUUGUAGGUCUAUCAGAGAACAGGGACACUCUGUCCCUAAAUCCAUUACACAUCAGAUAAUGCGAGGUUGUGAAGCUGACUCCCUUCUCAUGAACAGACGGGAUGUGUUCUGCGGAAAUCUAGCUGCUAUCAACUCUUAUCACACGGACAAUAAUCUUAAUAACGCAACUUUAGAUGCGAGAUGUGUUUGAUGACGGAUUAUAACCUAUCAGUGAAUCUGAGAUAACUACUGAUUAGUAAGAAUGAUAACUUCUGGUUAAUGUUGAGAUAGAUAUGAUGCCACCCAGACAAGCCACCUUAACUGAAGAAAAGCCGCUUAAGACGUGUUAUUUAGACUGAAGCCGCUCAAGGAUUCAAGCCACCCUGUCCUAAAUCUAGCACAUUAAAUCACUGAAUAUUGAAUAUAGCAGAAGAGUAAGUCAGAGCGGAGAAUAAUCCGGAAAUUUCGAUGAAUUAUCGGAAAUUUCCAGCGUGUUCCUUCACGUCACCACGUAGACCCCUGUGUUAUGCGGUUCUGAGGCUGUUUUAGUAUUUAUAAUAUUAUUAUGUUAUAUAUUAUAGAUCAUAUCAUAGUUAAUUUAUCUCUUUUGUCGCACAAUUGGAUUCAAACGAUUUUUACUGAAUAAAUUUUUGAAACAAAGAAGGCGAAAGUUUGUCUACGUAUGAGAAACUUUUUGCAAACGUGAUUAAGUUUCGUAAUUGUAUGCGGAUUAUGUGAGAUAUAAAGCUAAUAGUUGCUGAUUAAGGGCGGCAUCAAUAAAGGAGCCCCCGCCCCCCGUACAGAUUGAACCAAGCAGUCUGUUAAAAUACACAGAGCUAGCUUUUCAUGCAGAUCAAUAAAAAACUGAAUAAGUCUUAUUUUCGAAAUCUUCCACCGUGAACAUACUUAACAGAAUGAUAGGGAGAGCAGUUGUUUUUUGCACGUUAUAACUUUUAGUUAUUACUAUUAGCUGUAAACUGUGAAGAAUGGUGGAGAGUUUGUUGAUGUGUGUUUGGUUUUGAGGUUGAUUUUAUGUUUAGAAUUAGUGAUAUUAACGGAACUUAUGAAUCACCUGUUUUGGCGAUGAUUUGUAUACAUUUGUAAUGUUUUUGCGAUAAUAUCCACGAAUGCGAUGAUUCCGUUCAAUAAAUAAUUUGUUGCAUAAGACGAAGUGGCCCAAAAGUCCAUGAGGCUUACUUAACGUUAAACUAAUAAAUUACUACAGGUCACACUUGUAAUUGUUAUGCAGUCCAUGCGGAUAAAUAUGUUCAACAAUCAUGGAGCUAAGUUACGCAUCAUAAUAAGUGGUUUUUUCUUGUUGCCCACAAUUUAAAGUAAUCAUAAGAUCAUCCUCUAAUUACUAAAUAUAAUGAUUUUUCAUCUUUUUAACAUGUAAUUGUACGCGAGAUGAUCGGAAUAUGCUGUUUUUAAAUUCAGAUUUCGUUGGAUUUUCAGCAGUUGUUUUUAGUUUAUGUUAAGUUAUUGUUCGAAAAAGCCACUGUGAAG